CCUUCUCCUCCCCGCGACCCCUGCCCGGCCUGCCGCGCGCGAGGCCCCUGACGGCUCUGGUUCCCAGCCGGGCCCAGCGCGUCCCCUCCUACCGCACGCGAAAGACCCGAAAACCUUUGCUGAUUUUUGCCGGGUGUUGACAACUUGGGCUUGAGUGCCUUCGAGAAGGGGGCGUCACGCAGUUGUCAGGAGGUCCCUCUCCACUGUAUAUGCCUCCUUCGCUCGUUCCUGCUACUUCCUUUCGCCUCCUCCUCAUCUUUCCCCCUCGGUUCUUUACGCCACCUUCCCCCCUUAUUUACGGAUACUGCAUCUCCUCCCUGGAGUGUUGCUCAGCUUGUAGCUCUGGGCACCACUUCCUGGCCUCGGGAGGGGGUUCCAUUCUCUACCAAAAGAUCCUCUACCAAGAGGGACUGAAGAGCAACAAGCUUGCUCUGCUUCAGUUAGCUUUGAUGGGCUUGGCCCUGAGUUUAGUAAUUAGACAACUUGGGGAGGUUUUAGAUUUGCUAGUAGCUUUCUGAGCCCCUAUAAAAGCUCCCACAGGAGAUGGAAUACCUCUACAUCCCUGGUAGUCCCCACAACUUUUGUACUAUUAGGGUGUUUGAGAAGAAGGUCGGUGGAGGAAGUGUGACCUAGAGAUAGAACUGGCCCGGAGAAGACCAUCUCUGAGGGAGGGGUUGGAAUGGAAAACAAAAGCAGUGGAUAGACAAAUGAAACUGAAAUGUCAGGAUUUCUGGGCAGAUAAGAAUCCCGACUGAAGCAAAAGAUCUCUGUUGGGAAUGAGUAAGGUUUAAGAUUAAAAUGAGGCCAGUUGACACAGAGCCUUGAAUUCCAAAAUCUGCUGUAGCUUGUAUAUUCUGCAGCAUGCUGGUUAGGAUGUGCUGUAAUUCAGUAUGUAUCCAAUUACCAGAAUCUUUUUGGAAAUGAUCGUAGAGUGGUAUCUGAUUGGAAGUUGGAGUCUGAUUCUAACAGCAACAAUAUCAAGAAAGAUUAUAGAAUGACUGCAAUCUGAGACCCAAGGAGGGAAAACUUCCAGGGUUUUUUGUUGGUUUGUUUUUUGCAUUUCAAGUUACCUUUGUGUCCUUUUGUUAUUCAGAGAGUACUUAGUCUUUGAAGAUAGAUUUGAAUAAAUUGUUUUCUAGGUCUAAAUUCCUUGCCCUGAAAUGGUGAAUGAUGUUGUAGGUUGACUGGAAUAGUGGUUUCAUGAGCAGAGUUGGGAUAAUGAACAUUCAUUCCCACACCAUGUCCUCUAACUAACCGUGUGCUCAAGUCAGUUACCCUCAGGUUAAAUGAUCAGCUUGAAGUCAGUUAUCAUCAUGAAAGUUCAUUGAGUAUACUCUGCCAGGUACUGGGGUGGAUGGAAGUGGGUAGCUGGGAGGAGAGAUAAUGGAAAAAAUAUAAGAUACUGGCCCUCUUUUUGUGAUGCCAAGGGCAGGGCUACCUAAUGACAUGGAAUGAUUAGCAUUAAGAGAGAAUUGAAACGCUAGUGGCUCAUUAUAGUUAUACUCUUUGUACCACCUAAUUACGGUGCAGGGAUUAUGGGUUUUUGAAUCUGCCAAUCCUUUCGUCCUUGUGAUGUGGGCUUCCUUGAGGGUCUCAGGCUUCUUGUGGGAAAGAGACCUUAUUUGAUAUGAGCUACAGCAUGUGAACUUCUUGGUCCUGAUGUCUGACCGUGGAGAUGUGAGCCUCCCACCCGAAGACCGGGUGAGGGCUCUCUCCCAAAUGGGUAGUGCAGUGGAGAUAAACGAAGACAUUCCACCCCGUCGGUACUUCCGCUCUGGAAUGGAGAUUAUCCGAAUGGCAUCUAUUUACUCUGAGGAAGGCAACAUUGAACAUGCAUUCAUCCUCUAUAACAAGUAUAUCACGCUCUUUAUUGAGAAACUACCAAAGCAUCGAGAUUACAAAUCGGCUGUCAUUCCUGAAAAGAAAGACACAGUAAAGAAAUUAAAGGAGAUUGCAUUUCCCAAAGCAGAAGAGCUGAAAGCAGAACUGUUAAAACGAUAUACCAAAGAAUAUAUAGACUAUAAUGAAGAAAAAAAGAAGGAAGAGGAAGAAUUUGCCCGAAACGUAGCCAUCCAGCAAGAGCUGGAAAAGGAAAGACAGAGGGUGGCACAACAGAAGCAGCAACAGUUGGAGCAGGAACAGUUCCAUGCCUUUGAGGAGAUGAUCCGGAACCAGGAACUAGAAAAAGAACGACUGAAAAUUGUACAGGAGUUUGGGAAGGUGGACCCUGGCCUGGACGGCCCACUGGUACCUGACUUAGAGAAGCCCUCCCUAGAUGUGUUCCCCACGGCACCUGUUAUAUACACACAGCCUUCGGACUGUAAUACAACUGUAAGGCCUGCCAAGCCACCUGUAGUGGAUAGAUCCUUGAAACCUGGAGCAUUGAGCAACUCAGAAGCUCCUACAAUCGAUGGACUGCGCCACGUGGUGGUGCCUGGGAAGCUCUGCCCACGGUUUCUCCAGUUGGCCAGUGCCAACACUGCCCGGGGAGUAGAGACAUGUGGAAUUCUCUGUGGAAAACUGAUGAGGAAUGAAUUUACCAUUACCCAUGUCCUCAUCCCCAAGCAAAGUGCUGGGUCUGAUUAUUGCAACACCGAGAACGAAGAAGAGCUUUUCCUCAUACAGGAUCAGCAGGGUCUCAUCACACUGGGCUGGAUUCACACUCAUCCCACGCAGACCGCCUUCCUCUCCAGUGUUGACCUACACACUCACUGCUCCUACCAGAUGAUGUUGCCAGAGUCGAUAGCCAUCGUUUGUUCCCCCAAGUUCCAGGAAACUGGAUUCUUUAGACUAACUGACCACGGACUAGAGGAGAUUUCUUCCUGUCGCCAGAAAGGAUUUCAUCCACACAGCAAGGAUCCACCUCUCUUCUGUAGCUGCAGCCACGUGACUGUUGUGGACAGAGCAGUGACCAUCACAGACCUUCGAUGAGAGUUUGACUCAGACACUUCCCAAGAACUAUAAAACCAUAUCAGUGUACUGGUAGCCCCUUAAUUUAAACUUUCCAGAAAGCUCUGGAAGCUUUUUAAAACAGAAUAGAACGUAUCACCUGGGGGAGAACUGAUUUUCUAUUUCUGGUUUGAAAAGAAAUAAUUGAAUAUGUUUUUUAGGCACAUCUGGAAAAUAGCAUGAUCAUGCUAAAGCAACUUUUCAGUCUGCCUGUAACUAAAAAAUUAAGUUGAAAAAAUGUUGUAAUGAACACUUAUAUACCCUUUGUUCUAGAUUCACCAAUUGUUAACAUUUUUUCCCCUCUCAGAGAUCCUUCUAAUUUCUCGGCCAACUUGUUUAUUGUUUACCUUUGGACUAAUUAAGGGCAUCUAUGCAGAAAUUUGGAAGCCAUUUAGAAAAUCUUUGGGUUUUUCUGUGGUUUAUGGCAAUAUUAAUGAAGCUUAUCAUAAGGCUGAGGGAGAGCUUGCUGUGUUUGACCAGAUGGUGAGGCCCAAGAACCCUGAAGAAUGAUUUUGUCAGGAGUUAUUGUUAUUUAACAAAUAUUUAGGGAUAUUUUUUCUUCUACAAUAAAAUAACAACUAUAUAUUU